AUGCAUGGGUACCUGAAGGUUUCCCAAGCCAAGAUGGCCCCUGGGGGUAUGCCAGUGGCUGUUAGCCACCAGGACACAGAGGAUGAGGGAUUGCCCCAACCAGAGCAAGAACCCCGAGUCCUUUUCCAGGAACCCCUUGAGCACAAAGCUCAAAAUCAUUUCCAGGAACCCCCUGCGCAAGAAACCCAAGAACGAUUCCAAGAACCCCCUGCGCAAGGAGUACCCAUUUCAGAAUCAUACCAAAAGCCACAGCAGGAGGACCUUUUCUUGGACGCCUUCCACACGGAUGACUGGGUGGACCCUGGGGACCAAAUGGGCGGGUCCAGUGCUCCUCAAGCCCCGCCUCGUCCUGAAAACCUGCCUCCGGGGGAAUUCGAAUCCUACGACUUCGUGGCGGAUUACUUGGAAGAACCGCGUACCCAAAUCACGGACGGUUUGAACUACGAACUCGAAAACAAUCAAUACGGACACCAUGGCUAUGAGCCAUCCGAAGAAGACGAAAAUUACGAUAUCGAGACUGCGUUUUCCCCUGGGUCAGCCCGAACUAUUAUACACGGGGAUGAAUCAUGUUCGAAAACCAGGAUGGACGAUCUCUUCGGAAAGUUUUAUGAGGAUUACCCCUGGUAUGUGCUUGAAAGAGCCACCGAGUAUUUCUCGGAGUGGGAAGAUCAUCCGGACCUCAAUGAGUAUGUUUACAACAUUGAGAAGUCGGUCAACUCUUUCAGACUGGGCCUGAGAGAAGCUUUGCAUCCCCCAGCAAACCCUCAAGAAAUUGCCUUCCUUAAAGGAAUCGCGGAUGCAUUUGCUGCUUUCAGAGCAUGGGUCUUAUGGGUGCUUCAACAGUCAACUGAUGCUAAGGCAACAAUGUGCAGUGCUUCAGCAUGCGAUCAGUCAGCUGGUCAUGGGUGCAUCCUAGUGGAAGAAUGCUCCAGGAAGAUGAAAAGUUGCUUGUACAGCCCGAUGUGCACAAACUUUCUUGUGCACAGUGGAGAAGUUCUGCCGAGAGUUCAAAAGGAUCAUCAUGACCUGGAAACGCAUGAUGAGAAUCAGUUGACAUGCUCCAGUAUCCAGUGUCCAUGGGACUGCUUGCAAGUGAGCGACACUCGGUGUCAAGGAAUUGCUGGGACCAGGUCCAUGUCGCGAAGGUGCAGUUCAUUUCCGGUGUGCAUCCCAGACGGUUCAGCCCCGCGAAUAUCGUUUUUGGAGUACCAAUGGAGUGAACCUGUUCAGUGCUUGGAAUGAAGAAGACAUUCUUUACAAGCAAAAUUGGCCAUAAAUUAAUUUACCAACCAUAUGUCAUAGAGCAGUGUUCCCCAACCUUUUUGGGCUCAAAAGGACUGGCACAUUUUAAUAAAUUCCUCCAAGGACUGGCAUAUUUGCAUACAAUUUUCAAUGGACCAGCAAUGUCGUGUACAACUGUUGAUGACCAGCAGAAAAUGUUAAAAUACCAGCCAUACAGUCUUCAGAACAAAGCUUUUAUGGCAAAAAUUAGAUUAAGAACCUGUGAAGCAGCUAUCAUGUGGAAAUGUUUUUUAAAAAUAGGAUGUUGUGCUUGAAGAAAGGUUUCUCAGGUUGAAAACUGGAAGUAAUAUAUUUCAACACAGGAAAAUAUGUCUGAAUUGCCAUUAGGAGAAAAACCAAAAAUUUUGUUUGCAUCACGUAAUUUCAAUUCCCAUUGUCUCCAACAUUUUGGAUUGCAAUAACAGACUUCAUCACUACUUUUAAUGAAAUUAUUAUGUGGAAGAAAUUUUCCCGCGGACUGGCAAAAAACUUCUACAGACCAGCACCAGUCCACAUGGGAUGAGGAACACGGAUCACAUUUUAGGAGUAUUUUUUUUCCUUGAUGUCACACCGUUUCACGUGAAAUAUAUCACUGGAAAGGCGAUUGAAGGAUUUAAAA